UUACUCUUUCGCCCAAUAUUUACACGAUUUACUGCACACUUUACCUUGAGGUGUUCUGUGAUUCUGCGUCCUUCUUUGCUUCAGUUAUAACAAAAAUGAAACUCGUCACGCUUCAGCGUGUGUCGGAAUCCUGCUGUGCCCGGCGCGAAGCGGCCGUUCAAUGAUGUCGGCGACGAGCUUAUUUUGUUAACGCGGACCAAUGGUUGGAGUCAUGCGUGAGCCUGAGCUGGACGAUGACUCCAGUCAUCUACCGGACUGGAAGUUGCCGCUGGCAUUCAGCGAUGCUCGACACGGGUCUGAGCCCUGCGAAAGCAUCCCUACACAGACGUGGCGGAUGAAAGAGCGGAUGAAAACAGUCAGCGUGGCUCUUGUGAUGUGCCUAAACAUUGGUGUGGAUCCACCAGAUGUGGUCAAGACGCAACCGUGUGCACGACUUGAGUGCUGGCUAGACCCACUGCAGUCACCCCCACAGAAGGCUCUGGAGAGCAUCGGAGCUGCACUGCAGAAACAGUAUGAGCGGUGGCAGUCACGUGCUCGCUACAAGCUCAGCCUUGAUCCCACCGUGGAGGAGGUCAAGAAGCUUUGUUCCUCACUAAGGCGCAACUCCAAGGAGGAUCGUGUCCUCUUCCACUACAAUGGCCAUGGUGUGCCCAAGCCGACCAUCAAUGGUGAAAUCUGGGUCUUCAACAGGACAUACACGCAAUACAUCCCGCUGUCCAUGUAUGACCUGCAGCAGUGGAUGGGUGCGCCGUCCAUUUACGUGUACGACUGCUCUUCUGCGGGUCUCAUCCUCGAGUCGUUCAACAAGUUUGCCAUCCAGCAUGAGCGCGAGUUCGAGAUCUCGCUGGGCAGCGUCAAGGGGCAGGCGCCACCCUGCUACCGGAGCUGCAUCCAGCUCGCUGCUUGCCGCCAGCACCAGGUGCUGCCGAUGAACCCAGAGUUGCCAGCGGACUUGUUCACAUCAUGCCUGACAACGCCCGUGCAAAUGGCUCUCAGGUGGUUUGUGCUGCAGAAGGCAAGCCGGCUAGUGCCCGGUGUGACGCUUGAGCUGCUGGAGCGAGUGCCAGGCCAGCUGCACGACCGGCGCACCAUGCUGGGCGAACUGAACUGGAUCUUUACAGCCAUCACGGACACCAUCGCGUGGAACGUGUUGCCCAAGGCACUGUUCCAACGCCUGUUCCGACAGGACCUGCUGGUUGCGAGCUUGUUUCGCAACUUCCUGCUGGCAGAACGGGUGAUGCGUGCCUACGACUGCCAGCCCGUGUCACAGCCCGCACUGCCGCCGACCUUCCAGCACCCCAUGUGGCAAGCCUGGGACCUGGCACUGGACUUGUGCCUGGCACAGCUGGCACGAGUCCAGCAGGGGCACCCCUUUCAGCACUCGCCCUUUUUCGCCCAGCAGCUGACGGCCUUCCAGGUGUGGCUGACCUUUGGCUCGGAGCAGUCGGCCCCACCCGAACAGUUGCCCAUCGUCCUGCAGGUGCUGCUCAGCCAGAUCCAUAGGGUCCGGGCGCUCGACCUCCUGGGCAGGUUCCUCGACCUGGGGCCCUGGGCUGUCAACUUGGCUCUGUCAGUGGGGAUCUUCCCGUACAUCCUGAAGCUGCUUCAGAGCUGUGCCCGGGACCUUCGGCCACUCCUCGUUUCCAUCUGGGCCAAGAUACUGGCUGUCGACCAGUCGUGUCAAGUGGACCUCGUUCGAGACAAUGGCCAUCGCUACUUCCUUAGUGUCCUGUCAGACCUGUCUAUGCCACCAGAGCAUCGAACCAUGGCUGCCUUUGUCAUGUCAUGCAUCGUGGCCAACUACCCCAGCGGACAGGAAGCAGCUUUGAAAGGCAAUGUCAUAGCCCUCUGCACGGAGCAGCUGACGGACAACCACCCGCGACUUCGCCAGUGGCUUGCCAUCUGUCUUGGCCGCACUUGGAACGGCUACACGGCUGCUCGUUGGUGCGGCAUCCGGGACAGUGCUCACGAGAAACUUAGUACCCUACUUGCAGACCCUGUGCCAGAGGUGCGAGCUGCUGCGGUGUUUGCACUCGGCACCAUACUCAACUGCCCUGCCAAGCGCACCGACCAUGCCGACACCAUCGACCACAACAUCGGCAUGACCCUCAUCUCAUCAGUGGCCAAUGAUGGCAGCCCAAUGGUCCGCAAGGAGCUGGUGGUGGCAUUGCAGUGGCUUCUCUUCGUGUUCGAGACCCAGUUUGUGGCUGUCGCGUACCAGUACCUCGAGGAAGAGACGUCCAAGGAGGCUGUCCACGCUGCGACCUCGGGUAACCUACUGAGUCCUGCCAGUGCAGAGACCACACCACUUGGCAUGAAGAAGGUGGCAUCGCGAGACCGGCUCAAGCUGUUGCCCAUCACUGGAAACCUGCUGUCGGGUGCCGCCGUGGUGGAGGGUCUGCCAGAGCCCCCGCCCGUGUUACUGGCCCAGCAGCAGCAGCAGCAGGCGCCCGUACAGGAGAAGAUGCGGCGUGUCUCUUCCAGCACGUCCAUCUGCAGCCUCGGCAGCAUCCUGGGCAGCUAUGGUAGCGUCUACAGUCAGGUGUGGCGUGCGCUGGUCACCCUGGGCAACGACCCACACCCCGAGGUGGCUGCCAUGGCCCGCCUGCUGCUCAAGGCCUACCGUGACAAGGCGCAGUCAAGCUUUGAAGCCAAGAAGUGCCGGAAAAGCUCUGUAUGCCACUCGGAGCCAUCAUCGCCUUCGGGAAAGAUCAGCUACCUGUCAAGUGAGUCUCCUCCACCGACCUCCAUGAACCUGAGCCUGCGACCACCGGUGCAGACGCCCACUCGAAGCCACCAGUUCCAGCAUACAGCUCACUUCAGUCGGUCACGCAAGAUCUUCGACCGAGGCCCCGAUGUGCCUGCACCGGUGGCAGAGGAUGACACGGAAGAGCAGCUCAAUGCGCGCAUCUCAUCGCCCCUGGUGACAACAGGCUUUGUGGACUGGUGCUCCCGAUACUUCACCCGUCCACUCAACAAGGUUUCACAGGCCUCCGACUCUGAAAGCAUGGAGCACCAACAGCGGGAGUGGAGGUUUCUGCGUAAUGCACGGAUAAGGGCGGCUGCGCAGGCUGAACGUCGGAAAACCGCAACUGGAGCGCGCCUGGACGAGCAGGUGUUCUACAGCCGGUGCCCCAGCGUUCCUACCUGCCUAGCCUUUCACCCACACGAAGCAGAGCUCUGUGUUGCCAAUAGGGAUUCCUAUAGUCUCUGGGAUGAUCACGGGAACCUUCAGAGCUGCCACAUGAACGAGAAUCCCGCACAGACGCGCAUCACGGCUAUGACCUACCUAAAUGCACAUGAUUUACCACUGCUGCUUCUGGGAUCAGAUGAUGGAGCUGUUCGUGUCUGGCGGAACUACAGCUUGUCCAACCGUGAACUGGUGGCAGCCUUCCAAGCCCUUGGAGACGUUCCGAUGACAGCAAGAGGAUCUGGCAUGGUGCUGGAUUGGGAUCAAGAGACAACAACGCUGAUCACGUCUGGUGAUGUCAAGGUCAUUCGUGUCUGGGAUACCAACCAGGAAAAAAAAGUGCUGGACAUGCCAACUGGCGCAGACUAUCCCAUCACAAGUCUCUCCAUUGACCACGAGGGCUCCCUGCUAGUUGCUGGAUGUGGUGAUGGAACCAUCCGGGUCUAUGACCGUCGGCUACCACCUGCAGACUGCCGCAUCAUGACACUUCGGGAGCACAACAGCUGGAUUGUGAAUGUGCAUCUAAAUGUCAGAGAGCGCCGCAUCACCAGUGGCUGCGUGACCGGCGAUGUGCGCUUCUGGGAGCUGGGUCAGAGCUGCUCAACGCACACGGUCUCCACACAUGUCGACAUGACUGCCAUGGCCGUCCACCCAGUCUUUGACGUGUUUGCAUGUGGGUCGGCCAGCCAGCAGAUCAGUGUUUUCAACAAGGAGGGGGACAACAUGGGCUCCAUUCGUCACCACGACUGGUUCAUCAACCAGCGCGUCGGUCCAGUCUCCUGCCUGGCCUUCCACCCGUACAAGAUGUGCCUGGCGUCGGGAAGCACGGACUCCAUCAUCGGAGUCUACACAACCGACCGCAAGCACUGAUGGAGCCAAGCAGACCGUGCCUUAAAGGACGUGGAAAGGGAGAUGCGAUGACUGCACUCAGUGCACAUCGGCAGGCGCUCUCGAGUCUACUGUGCCAUUCUUUGUAAAUGUCAAAAGGGGAUGAGCAGUUGCAUUGGUAGUGCUUGAAGCCUGUUCACCAGCGCCAACUGCUCUCUCUGAUCGGGGAAUCGGAAAUGAUGCCCUGUAUCCCCGCUGUUGAUCAGUUCUGUGCCUCUCACUGAGUUUAUUGCUUGUAGCUGCCGCAGCAAUCUUUUUUCCUGGGGCACACUGUUUGUGAGGCUAGCGUUGUAGUUAGCCACGUGGCUAGUGCCAUCUCAUCACCUGUGGUUCGGAUCCAUUCUGCUUGUAAACUAGUGCUUGCAGGAGAUUGUCAUGAAGACUUGCCACUUCGGCACCGUGAGUCUGACUGACUCAACUUAUCUGUCGCUGAACGUUUGGUCAAUGUGGCCCUUUCUGCAGUGGCAGUCUGACAGAUAGCCAUGGAAUGGUGUUGCUAGCUAGAAGUGCUUGGGGAGAAAAAGAAUGCAAAUUGGGAGUUCUUGUGAAAGCAGCCAGGAGUGUCAUGAAGUACCUGUCACGGAUGUGCCUAGUCAAAGUGUGGAAGCUGUUUGCCAACUGUUAAAGGUUGUUUUGACUGUGCUUGUUGCUGAGCGGGAAGCUGACUAGAAAGUGUGUACAGGGAAUGUGACGGAAGUUGAUGAUUUUGUGUUUCUUUUUUGAAGCUAGUAGAGCUGGCUGUUUUAGUUAUUGCAUAUAAAUAUUUCUUAUAGAAGGCAUGCUAGGCAGCUUUUUCUGUUGCUUGGGAAACAUUCAUCAUGUGUCAUAGUGUUCAUCCAAAACUGUCAUUUUGUACUUUUGAACUUAUCUGUUUCAGACAUUGUGGAUGAACUGAAGAAGUCCGACGCAUUUCUGUUCAGUGAAAGUCUCUGUUUGAACUUUUUCUGUGACAUAGCAGUGUUGGUCUGUUCAAGCAACUUGUCUUCAUUAAACCCACUGCAUCUUUUAUUAUAUUAUAUAGCCAUUCUGGGUGUAAAAUGUUGUUUGUUCCUUCUGUAUUUUUAAGGUGGACAGCACUUGGAAUAAUGUAAAAAAAAGUAUACAAACCAUUUGUUGAAUUUACCAAGUAGUACCUCUUGCAUGUGCUUUGUUCUGUACAUAAGUCGCUGCACCUUGCACAAAAUCGUGUUGACAACAUAAGUGAAAGAAAGGCUUAAUGACAGUCUUUAUUGUUAUGUAAUUUAUCCAAGAGCCAAGUGACACGAAAAUUGCUCAUCAAUUUAGCGCAUAAUAUCUCAUGUGUGGACUUUAGCUUGCAGAUUAUGAGGACUGCAAUGAGGAAACCAAGCCAAUAUCAGCAGAGCAUUGUCCAAGGAGCUGGUAUGCUUGGACUAUCACAUUCAAUAUGAGCUGCCACGUACUAGCCGUGAUAGGAGCAACGCUCUCGAGAAAAUGGUGGAGAGGGUUUCCCCAUUCCAGCAAUGCACACGCUUUCUGAUGUCUGCUUUCUUUGUGGAGCGAUAAUACACUUGCCUAUCAAGCAGCUGUCACUCCAUCAUGAAAUAAAAAGAGAGAGAGAAAAAAGAGAAUAGUUACGAAGCUGCAGAAGUGGCAUGCCAUGACGAAGCACGUUGUGCUAAGGGCUAAAGACAUCAGCGCUGGCCAGUGUAUUAUCAUUCCAUGAAGAAAGCAGACAAUCGAAAGCACAGCGGUAUGUUCAUUGCCAGAAUGGCGAGGACCUCGCCACUUGCGUCACAGCGCAAUGCAGCUCAUAUUGAAUGUGACAUUGGCAACACAUGCAAGAACAGCAUUGGCCGGAAUGGUAGAUGUGCUUUCACAGCUGGGGUGCUGAAAAAGAAAUACAAAAAUGGUCCCCUAACUCUGCAGUCCUCCUCUUAGCUAGUCAUUAACAAAAUAAAAUAAUCUUGCAUCAGGAUGUUAUUAGCUUUAACGGGGGAGUAUUUUCGUGGUUUUAAAGCCAUCUCGAAAUGCAGGGCCGACACUAGCUAUGCGAACAAAGGACGUAGAAAACUAUUAAUGGGAGGCAGGCACUUAUUCAAGUGCUAUCUUACGGUGAAGCUUAGAAUGUACAAAUCUCAGUGUGCAAAUGCAGCCAGAGACAUAGUGCAAUGUCUAAUAUGUACACCUCUGAUUCGUAUUUUUCAUGGCUCUUGAGCCUUUGCUUAGUGCACA